AACAUGCACACACAACACAAGAUAAACCCACAAACACUUGGUGCUCGUCUUGUACAAACCAAAUUGCCAUUCAUCUCUGCAUUUAGCGUUUUCGACAUUAUGCAACUUGAAACUGCAUAGUGAACUAAAUAUUAAUUUAGUUUAAUCACUUUCCUUCGAUUCCAUUCUUCUCUCUUUUCAAUUACAAUGUCUUACACAAUUUUCAGAACCUUCCAACUUCACCCUUUUCUACUCUAUCCAACCUCAAUCCUCAAACUACAAAACCGUUUUUUCCAUUCCACAACAAUAAAAGCCACACAAUCCCAACAAACACAAACACAAACCAAACAUUCAACAAGUACACAAUCAAAAAAACUCAACAAUCUCCCAAAAGAUUACGAACCAAUAAUCGGAAUCGAAACACACGUACAGCUCUCAACAAACACCAAAGCCUUUUGCAACUGUCCCUACAAUUACGGCUCAUUUCCAAACACCAGCAUUUGUCCAGUUUGUAUGGGGUUACCUGGUGCUUUACCUGUUUUAAACAGUAAGGUUAUUGAGUUUGCUGUUAAAUUAGGACUGGCGCUUAAUUGCGAAUUAGCUUUUGAUUCUAAGUUUGAUAGGAAACAGUAUUUUUAUCCUGAUUUGCCUAAAGGGUAUCAGAUUUCGCAAUUUGAUGUUCCGAUUGCGAGUUCUGGGUUUCUUGAUGUUGAUAUUCCUUUGGAGUAUGGUGGUGGGCAUAAGAGGUUUGGGAUUACUAGGGUUCAUAUGGAAGAGGAUGCUGGGAAGUUAUUGCAUACUGAAAAUGGGAAUUAUUCUCAGGUUGAUCUAAACAGGGCAGGGGUACCUUUGCUAGAGAUAGUUUCUGAGCCUGACAUGAGAAAUGGUAUUGAAGCAGCAGAAUAUGCAGCAGAAUUACAGAGAUUGGUUAGGUAUUUGGGAGUCAGCAAUGGAAAUAUGCAGGAAGGUUCUCUUCGUUGCGAUGUAAAUGUAUCAGUACGACCCAUUGGGCAGUCAAAGUUUGGGACAAAGGUUGAAGUGAAAAAUUUGAACUCAUUUGCAUCAAUGAGCAGAGCUAUUGAUUUUGAAAUUGCAAGGCAGGUGCAACUUCAUAGUCAAGGUCAAGCAGAUCAGAUAGUACAGGAAACUCGAUCUUGGGAAGAAGGCUCUCAGAGAACUAUAACAAUGAGAAAAAAGGAAGGGCUUGCUGAUUAUCGAUAUUUUCCAGAACCAGACCUUCCAUCAGUAAUCCUUUACCAAGAAUAUGUAGAUGGCAUUAAAAAUUCUUUACCGGAGCUUCCUGAAGGAAAACGUAGAAGAUAUGAAAAGAUGGGAUUAGGCAUGCAAGAUGUUCUUUUCCUAGCUAAUGAUAAAAAUAUUGCAGAAUUUUUUGAUGCUACUCUUGCAAAGGGUGCUGAUGCAAAGCUAGUUGCCAACUGGAUAAUGAGUGACAUUGCUGGCUUCAUGAAAAACGAAAAGUUGACCAUAAAUGACAUUAAGCUUACACCUGAAGAAUUGGCUGAGUUGAUUGCUUCCAUUAAAGAUGGAACCAUCAGUGGCAAGAUCGGGAAGGAGAUACUAUUUGAGCUGUUAGCCGAGGGUGGAAGUGUCAAGGAAAUCAUAGAAAAGAAGGACUUGGUUCAGAUAACAGAUCCUGUUGAAAUUGAAAAAAUGGUGGACAAAGCGAUCGCAGAUAAUCCGAAACAGGUCGAGCAAUACCGAGGAGGCAAAACUAAACUCCAAGGUUUUUUUGCUGGCCAGGUAAUGAAGGCAUCUAAAGGCAAGGCAAACCCAGGUCUACUUAACAAGAUUCUCUUGGAGAAAUUGAAUUCAUAAAGCUGAUGUUAAUAGACUGUUAUAUGCACACUUACAAUCUGAAAUGUCAGUGCUAUAUAACCAAUCACAUUUUGGAGAAUCGCAGAAAUCUGGUAAAUUGAAAGGAGAAGAAAAAAAUGAUGAAGAGAGAAAGUAUUUCAAAAGAAAACUACGGAUUAGGUUUUUAAUUUUGGAAUCAUGGUUAUUUUGGGAUAUCUUCAUUUCUUUCCUUUUUAAAAAAUUUAAAUUCAUGUACAGAAUUACCCACGUGGAGCUAGAAAGAAAAGAAAAAACACGUCAUUGCCAUGUUAGCUUCAGCUAAGUGAAGUUAACAAUAAUGAUCAAAACAGUAUGUUCAUUAGA